GCAAUGUCGAAGUUGUUGAUGAUCUCCGUCGAGCCAUUAUCCUUCACCGUCAUUACCCAGAACCCUGCUUCGUCCGGAUUUGGCAAGCCCUUGUACCUGGUACAUCAACAUUCCCCUUUCGGUCAAAUCGGGCGCUCCCGAAUCCUCCCAUGCCGACCCUGGCCACGCCUUGACUCGUGAUUGGAUGGUAGCCACAACACAUUCUUGGGGCUGACGGCCAGCGAGACGUCAUCGAGGCUGACCCCAGGCUGUGUUUUCACUUGGCCAUACACUUUCCAUCUCGAGCAAUAAACAGCGCUGGCCUGCAAAACAAUCAGCUUAAGCCUAAGUCGCCAUGGUUUGUAUAAAGUCGAUGUGUCGUUCGAGAUGUCGGACAACAAACCUCACCAUCCUCACAUCCCUCACCAUUCAUCCCAUCCAGCCUCCACCGGCAACUACUAAUCCGAAAACACCAACCAUCGCCAAUCAUCCAACGCCAUGACACUCUCCGGCCUCUUUACUGGGCUUGCAUUGGCCUCGGGCGCCCUGGCCGUCCCUCUGUAUGGCCGUGACAACAACACCUCCGGUAUCAACUGGGGACCAUGUGACUUUGAGAGUGCCGCGGCUGGUCCCAUCGAAUGCGCAACGCUCCAUGUACCCCUCGACUACACCGACUCUGCAUCGACCGAAACUCUCGCGCUCUCCCUGAUCAAGAGCCCGUCGCGUAGCAACACCACCACAGUCAAGAAGAGCAUCCUCUUCAACUUUGGAGGGCCGGGCUAUGGCGCCGUUUCCUCCCUGAACUCGGGGGCCGACCUGUUCCACUUGAUGACCGGCGGCCAGCAUGAUCUGAUUGCGUUCGAUCCUCGGGGUACCGAGAAAACGCUCACCUUUUCCUGCUUUGACACCCCAGAGCAGAGACAGAUUGCCACGCUCAAAUAUCCCUUCGUGCCCGUUGACGCUUACGAUUCCGCGCUGGCCGAGACCUUUGCCGGUGCCAACGCCAUGAGCAAUGUCUGCCGCGAGCACUACGAGGGCAGCCACAACCCCGAGUUCAUCGGCACAGCUUUCGUGGCUAGGGAUCUGAUGAGCGUCGUCGAUGCGCUUGAUGAAGAUGGCUUGUUGAGAUAUUGGGGUUUGUCUUACGGCUCCCUCCUUGGCAUGACCGUCGCCGCCCUGUUCCCCGACCGCAUGGAUCGCCUUGUUCUAGACGGUGUUGUUAACGCCGACAACUACUACAACCACUUCGGUAUCGACAUCGACCAGUUCCUCACAGCCGACUCCGGCUUCCGCGCCAUUCUAUCCGCCUGCGUCGAAGCCGGGCCCGAAAAGUGCCCCCUCGCGGCCAUCGGCUCCACCGCCGCUGAUAUCGAAGCAACCCUCUUCGGUGUGGCCGACAAGUACGGUGAAAACCCCAUCGCCGUGGGCAGCAGCAUUCUCAACGAGCGCAUCAUCAAAGAGUUGAUCUUCAUUGUGACCAAAUAUACCAGCGAUAUUGUCACCGCGACCAACCACCUCGCCAACCUAGUGACGGGCACCAACCUGACCGAGGUCGUGGCCUUCUACGAGGGUCUGUCCGGGGGUAUCGUCCCCGACACUGACGCGAUCCUCGGCAUCAAGUGCUCCGACACCGUCCCCCGCGUCGACUCGCUCGAGGGAAUCCUCCCCGACGUGGAGCACAUGCUGGCCACGAGCGAGCUGUUCGCGCCCGGGAUCGCCGGUGUCGCCGCCCAGUGUGCCAGCUGGCCGUGGGCGGCCAAGGAGCUCUACAGCGGCCCCUGGGAAGGCAUCAAGACCAAGAACCCCAUCCUGUUCUUUGGCAACACCCACGACCCGGUCACGCCCGUCGCCAGCGCGAAGAAGAUGAGCGCCGCCUUUGAGGGGAGCGUGGCUGUUGAGCAGAACGGCUUCGGGCACGCUACUCCUUCCCAGCUUUCGGACUGCACUACCAAGAUCAUGUCGGAGUACUUCAACCUCGGAACUCUGCCGGCUGAUGGAACCGUUUGCGAGGUGAACAGCCCGCUGUUCUAAGAUUUCAGACGGUAGAUAGAUAGCCUGCGCGGCGGGGGGGGUUGAGGAGUUUCCUUUCUAGAGGCUUCAGGUUUUCCAAGAGCGUCAAUGUAUAAAUAGUAGACGCUUUAACGUCGCAAGGCGGGGAGAGACUGCAAACACUGUUCCAGUAUAUUAGACCAGACUAGAAAUCCAUAAUUCCACUUUGUUAGCUCUAUAAAA